GAACAUCGUCAAAAUUCCGUGUACUCGUUGUGUAGCUUUGUGAUUGUUUUCUAAUCAAUAAACAUAAAUCAGAAACGAAAAUAGUGUGUGGUCAAAUUUAUUUGCCAAAACAACGAUUAUUUCGACGAUUUUCAUUGUGUUUUCCAGAAAUCAGCUCAAAUAAUCGAUAUAUUUUGUCAUUGACACAAGCCAAUUGAAGAUCGAUUGAGUGUCCAAGCCGACCAUAACCUCAACUCGGAAGUGAUUUGUCUCUUUGAACCAUCGAAAGCUGAUUCGAAAGCGACUCACAACCCACAGAACACCAACUGCAACCGAUUCGUCGACGUCAAUCCAAAAUGUCAAAUCGUCGAACACCAGGAAUGGACUAUGAAAACAAAGCACUGCCAGUUUAUUUGGAAGCAUUGUACAUGGAUGCCACAACAUCUGACGUGAAAUUUAUCUUCAAGCUCGCUGACGACCAGGAAGUGAGUGUUUCAGCACAUAAAGGCUUGUUGGCGGCAAGAAGUGAUGUGUUCCAUGCAAUGUUUUACGGUGAAGUUAAAGAAAAGGCUGAUGUUAGGACCGUGGACGCUGCACCAGCCGCAUUCAGAGAGUUUCUGAAGUUCUUCUACCUCCGAAAAGUUCACCUUACCAUGGAAAAUGUGUCUAUUGUCAUGAACCUGGGCAAAAAGUACAACGUUGACGACUGUUUGGAUGCGUGCGCCGUAUUGUUGAUAGAUAAUCUCACCUCCGAAAAUGCAUGUUUCAUCUAUCGACUUGCAAUUUUGUACGAACAAGAGGACCUCGACGAGCUUUGCGAAGAGAAAAUCAUCGAAAACACCGAAGCUGUAUUUGCAUCGAGAAGCUUUUUGGAUAGCCCCAAGUGGGUUUUACGCUAUAUUUUGGAUCUCGACAAUUUUUCCUGUUCAGAAGCCGAUGUGUUCAAAGCAUGCAUGGCUUGGGUGAAGUCAGCAAGUGGCGCAGAAACGGUGACGAAGAAAAGAGUUGAAAAGCAUAUCGGUGAUCUAUUCUACGAAAUUCGUUUUCGGUCGAUGACAAUACAAGAAUUUGCCGACCUUACGUCAACUUUUGGCCGUGUAUUUUCGAACGGUGAACACAAAGAAUGCAUUCAGUUGAUCGCAUCGAAAGAUUUUCAACCCAAAAUGUUCACUGCUGAAAUUCGUCAGCAACAUGUGAAAAAUUACCAGAUCAUUGAAUGCAAUCGGGUUUUGGAAUAUUCAACAAAACCUUAUUAUUUCGAUUCGAUUGAAAUCGCUACAUUUUCAACAAGUGAACCAAUUAUGCUUGUGGAAUUGGAAUUCACUGGUCUGCGUAUUUUUCGUGACAACAAAUGGAGAGACGACCUUAUGGACCAUCUCCCUACUGAAAUAACAAUCACCCAGAUUCCAGACGACAAAGGCGAUACAAAAGUUCUAGUGAAACAAACAGCACACUUGCGAUGUGAGAAAAGUGGUACAGUUGUGACUCUGUCAAAACCAAUUUGGGCCCGGCCUGGAAAUAAGUACGAAAUCCAGUUGAAGCAAUCAUUCAAGGACCAUGUAUUGAAUGGACACUGCUAUAACAAACCAUUUCUCAAAUCUGAAGUGAAACUAGAACCCAAUAUAAUCAUUCAAUUUCACCUCGAUGCGAUAACAAAAGAUACAAAACUUCCAAUAUCACCGAUAAUUGCUCUUAGAUUUGCUCGAAUCGUUGAGUGAGUCUAUGAAACAUCAUCGAAUCUCACAUUUUUUAAUUGCGACACCAUGCAAACUAAAAAGCAAGUGUAAUUUUAGAUAUUACUGGAAUUAUCUCAGUGCUCGAAACCAAAUCAAAAUGUACACUGUCCGACAUUUGAAAAUAAUAUACAAGUAUAUUUUUUCCAGAUAAUUUCAUUCAAAUUUGAAAAUGUCCAACUAUAAAAUAGCUGAAAAUCAAAAUUCUACUUCAUUUUAAUAAAAUUCUAAAUUUAAAUUUUUCAAAUUUGACCGCUGAGAUGUGAACGCAUCCACUCUGCAUCUUUCAAUCGGAAUAGUGAAUCGAGCGCGAUAAACACCACCAUACAUUUACAACAAAAACAAGUGUCAAACAUUGUCAACAUUCUGUGUACUCGUUAUGCACCUUUGUGAUUUGUUUUCCAAUAUAAACAUAAAUCAGAAACGAA